ACUUUUAGCCACUUCUACGUCAUUAUUGUUUUGAACUUUAAAUUUUGGAAUAUUCAUAAUAUAAAACCAUAUGCAUAGCCACUAUUUUUUAAAUCAGUUCCGUUGGUUUAAGUGAGUGUAUCGGUUAAAUUGAAAGUGAAUCAAUUUUUUCAUAACCAUAUAAAUUUGGAUAUACAUGUGGGUGUGUGGUUAUACAAUGUGAUAAGGUUUGGGUAUUAAAAAACCUAUUUUAAUAUAGUGAUAUUUGUAUAUAUUUAUAUAUAUUUUACCAAACAUAAUGCAUUUGAGUGAAGCUGCAAUAUAAAUAAAUUAUAAUUUCAUUUUCUGCAUCUCUUGAUAAAAGUUAAGAGAAAAAAAUCAUCUAAUUAAUUAAAUCAUGAAGAAAAGAUACUCUCUUGAUUUAGUAGACCAAGAACGUUUAAUCGGUGUAAUAGAUGCAGGUACUAGAACAGUGCAAUUUUGUGUAUUUCGAAGUACACAGUUAAAAGAAAUAGCUAAACAUACUGUAGAUGUAGUUACUUCUGUUUCAAAUGAAGGAUGGUCAGAACAAAAUCCCAAAGAAAUUCUUGAAGCAGUGAAGACAUGUAUGGAAAAUGUUAUAAAUACAUUAGGUCCCAAUGUAGCUAAGAACAUUGCGACAUUAGGUAUAACCAAUCAGAGAGAAACGACGAUAGUAUGGGAUAAAACCACAGGAGAACCCCUGUAUAAUGCAAUAGUAUGGAACGAUAUAAGGACCGAUUCCACUAUAGAUAGAAUUUUGGCUAAAGUACCUGAACAAAAUACAAAUUACUUUAAAAAUCAUUGCGGUCUUCCGAUAUCACCAUAUUUUAGCGCCUUUAAAUUAAAGUGGCUUAUGCAUUACGUACCUCAAGUGAAAAAAGCGAUUAAAGCUAAAACCUGCCUUUUCGGGACGGUCGACAGUUGGAUAUUGUGGAACUUAACAGGAGGAGUAAAAACUGGUAAACAUUAUACAGAUGUAACAAAUGCCUCCAGAACGUUUCUUAUGAAUAUAGAUUUAUUAAAUUGGGAUCCUCAUUUGCUUCGAUAUUUUAGGAUACCAGAAGAGAUUCUACCCGAAAUAAGAAGUAGUUCAGAAAUAUAUGGAAUGGUAGAAGACCCUUGGCCCUUAAAGGGUGUUUUUAUUUCAGCCAUUUUAGGGAAUCAACAGGCAUCGUUAGUAGGACAAAGAUGUUUCAAAGAAGGACAAGCUAAAAACACUUAUAGGAGUGGAUGUUUUUUAUUGUAUAAUACUGGUACUCAGAAAGUUAUGUCUAGUCAUGGAUUGGUAACUACUGUGGCUUAUAAAUUUGGUAAUUCGCCUGCUGUAUAUGCUUUGGAAGGUAAUGUGGCUGUGGCAGGAGCAGCGAUAAAAUGGUUAAGAGACAAUAUGGGUUUUCUAAAAGACGUUGGAAAAGAUACGGAAUCACUCGCUCAAGAAGUUUUCAAUACCGGCGAUGUUUAUUUCGUACCGGCGUUCAAAGGGCUUUACGCGCCAUAUUGGAGAAAAGACGCUAGAGGUAUUAUUUGCGGGUUAACGGCGUUCUCGACGAAGCAACACAUCAUUAGAGCAGCUCUGGAAGCGGUAUGCUUUCAAACUAGAGAUAUUUUGCAAGCGAUGAAUAAAGAUUGCGGCAUUCCUUUAUCGAAACUUCGCGUAGAUGGGAAAAUGUCUGCAAAUAAUUUAUUAAUGCAAUUACAAGCAGAUAUAAGUGGUAUACCUGUGAUACGAGCUGAAUCUGAAGAUAUUACUGCGUUAGGUGCUGCCAUGGCGGCUGGUGCGGCCGACGGUAUCGAUCUUUGGGAUGUCAAUUCUGAAGAACAGGAACUUGUUCCUAUACAUACUUUCCUUCCGACAUCAACUGAAAGCGAAAGAGACUUCAGGUAUAAUAAAUGGAAAAUGGCCGUUCAAAGAUCGUUAGGAUGGGCUGUACCGAAGAAAUCACAUUUAAUGACAGAGGAGCGGUACAGGCUGUUAUCCAGCUUACCAGGAUGCUUGUUUGUGAUGCUUAGCUUCGGAUUUUUGGCCCUUGCUGAAUUAAUCGGAGAACAAGGUUGAAAAAUUAAAUCUUUGGUACCAUAAAUGUGACUUAUAAUAUUGACUGCUCAUUUCAAUUAUUUUUAUUUUAUAUUAAGCACCAAGACUUUUAUAGACUAUGUAUUUAUGUAUUAUGUUUACUUUGUUUCUGUUGAAAUUUUUGUUAGAUUAUUUGUAAUGGGUUAUAUUUUUUGAUUGAAGCAAUAAAAUUUUGAAUUAUUUAA